AUGUCGGGACCUCUAGGCAGAAUCAUCGCGCAGGUCGUGGUCAUGGGCGCGGGUAUUGUGUCCAAGGCCUUCGUGCAGGCCUACCAGCAGGCCGUUCACAACGCGCGGUCGGGCAACGCUGGAGCUAUGGCGGCCAAGACUGUGGUGCGCAAGAACCAAAUGCCCAAGCAGCAGGCACGCGAGAUUCUCAACUUCCCUACGACCGGCCCCGCGCCGUCUUCGGAGGAGAUCCAAAAGCAAUUCACAAGGUACUUCGAGGCGAAUGACCCGGCCAAAGGUGGCUCCUUCUAUCUACAGUCUAAAAUUUUCCGAGCCAAGGAGGCGUUAGAGCGCAAAGAACCAGACGAAGAAGCACCGCCGACUGACAAGGCGAAGGACAAGUAG